AUGUCCGUUUGGGUGCGGAGUGGGUGCGGAGGCGGCGCGGAAAUGCGCGCGCCCGCCGCCGCUGCCACGACGCUGCUGUCGACCAACACCUCCAUGGAGUCAGGAAUCGAAGCUGGGGUACUACCAACGGUCACGGGGUCCCUCGCUUCGGCGCGGGAUUCCCUGGGCUCGCUAUCGAGGGCCGCUGAACCGCUGUACGACACAGACCAUACUGAUCUCGGCUCGGAACUGGAUGAGGCGGAGAUCAGACGAGAGUUGAUGCAUGAUAAAUGGCGCCUUCUUUUUGAUAGGUUCGAUCCAGAAGGCUUCGGGGAGAUUCCGUGGCCUGAUUUUCUGCAGACCCUACAGAAUCCUGAUUUUAUUGCACAAGUGCCUCCACACAAAUUAGAGAUACUACAAGAUAAAGCCCGGAGUGCGACGAGCGACGCCAUCACAUUUCAGGAGUUCGUGAAUGUGAUGAGCGGCAAGCGAACACGGAGCUAUAGAUGCGCAGUGCACCAUCGAGACCGCGAGGUCAGCUCCGAGAACGACUUCCAUCUGCUGCUAGAAGACCCUACGCUAUUCGCCAGGAUGGUGCAUCUAGUCGCAAUGGAGGUGCUCCCCGAGGAGCGAGAGCGGAAGUACUACCAGGAAAGGUACACCUGCUGCCCUCCGCCGCUCUUCAUCAUUUGUGUUACGCUUCUGGAGUUGGGAGUAUUCGCAUGGUACGCGUCGGGGUCGAGCGGUAUGGCGGCGGCGGCGGCCCCGGUGCCGGUGGACUCGCCGCUCGUGUACCGGCCGGACCGGCGCCGGGAGUUCUGGCGAUUCUUCACGUACAGCGUGGUGCACGCCGGCUGGCUCCAUCUAGCCUUCAAUCUUCUUGUUCAGCUUGCGGUGGGUCUACCGCUGGAAAUGGUGCACGGUGCGCUGCGUUGCGGGGCAGUCUACCUCGCCGGGGUCCUCGGGGGUUCUCUUGCGGCCUCAGUGUUGGACCCUGACGUGUGCCUCGCCGGGGCUUCGGGCGGGGUGUACGCGCUCCUCGCGGCGCACUUGGCCAACGCUCUGCUGAACUUCCACGCGAUGCGGUACGGCGUGGUGCGACUGGUCGCAGCGUUGGCGGUCGCGUCGUGCGACGUCGGCUUCGCUAUUCACGCUAGAUACACGAAGGAAGUGCCGCCGGUGUCGUACGCGGCGCACGUGGCGGGCGCGCUGGCCGGCCUCACCAUCGGCCUGCUCGUGCUCAAGCACGCGCAGCAGCGGCUGUGGGAGCGCCUGCUGUGGUGGGCCGCGCUGGGCGCGUACGCCGCGUGCACGCUGUUCGCCGUCCUCUACAACGUGUUCAGCGGGCCCGUGGACGAGCUGCACUACAUGCCGCCCGACCCCCCGCCCGACGUCGCCGGCUUCUGACCGCACAAUGUGACCACUGCCAAACUACUGGACUUAGGCUUUGAUCUACGCAACGCCUUUUCUGAUCUCUAAGUUUUCUACUUUAGUUGUCCGUAGAAUGUUGCACGACCAAAAUCAAAUCCAAAUAUUUCAAUGUUAGUACACGGCGGAUAUUAACGUCUGAUAGUCGAGUAGUCAAAGCGUAAGGCCAGAUGUUCUCCGCAACCACUGCGACCUACCACGCCUAGUCAAUUUACCUUAGUGUGAUUCGCGUAAGUAGCGUUAUAAUAAGAGGAGGCUUAGAGCCAGUUUACACAUCGUGUAUCAUGCCGAAGAUGCAUGAAGAAGAUUUUUUAAUCUUUACGGUUUCUCUUUAUUGUGAAUCUCGCGUCAAUGGCUGCGGGAAGUAUUGAUUCUGCCUUGUUGUAUUGUAGCAUAAAUGUAUGCUGUUUCGUUUGUUUGAGGCCUCCUCGCGAUACUUAAUUGUUAAGUAGUAUUAAUUGUAUUUAAUAGGUGAACUAUUUUUGUACCUACUGUCUGCGUCCGUAGUCUAGGAUGAUGGCGAAACCGCGACACAAACACAAUAUGUUCCGUGUGGACUGGCCCUUGGUUAGAUGUUAUAUUGAUAUGAUAAUUGAUCUGUUACUGAUAUUAACAUUCAAAAAUUUAUACAUUUUUACCCUUAUUAUUUUCUUCUUAUUCUUCCUUUUAUUUUUCUUUUCUUUCUGAAUUUUUUUUAUAAAAACUGCAUUAUAUUUAAAACAAAACGAGAUCAAAAUGUAAAAAUAAGUUGAGAUAAAAACAUAAAAAAACAUUAUUCCACGCUUGUUUUCUGCAAAUGGCCGCCAGUAAACAUUAUUCGUUGAUGAUUGUUAUUAAGGCGCCUGUAAACUUUCGUUUUGCUCUCAAUCACUUUUGUAUUUCGUAAAUAAUGUAUCCUAAACUUUCUUCGAAUAGCCUAAUGGAAUAAGUUCACUAUAGUAUUAAUCAACAUAACAUCUAAUUCAAGGGACAGUGUAGUUAUGCCCAGCACACCAAAGAUUAGGAUAAAUGUCAUCCAUGCUUAAUGUUGGUUAUCUUUCAGUUUAUAUUUGAUACUGAUUUGAUUCAAAGAGAAUUUUAUUCAAUGAUUGCUCAGAACAAUUACUAUAAGUAUGGCCUCAAUAUUGAUUUUAACACGAUUAUUAUAAGUAAUGUUGUGGAAAUUGCUCAAUUGCAAUUAUUGUUUUAAUUGUUAAUGCUCAAAGUGAUUUGCUUUCUGUGCGAUUGAUUUGAUUCAUAAAAAAAUUGAAUUAUUUGAUUAUAAGUUGAAAUGCAUACUCGUCCUUACAGAUUGGACCACGUCGUAAUUUUAAUCAGUUAUUUCUGAAACUCACUAGAAUAGAUAUUAUAUUGAUAAUGUGCCUGAUUCCUAUUAUUGUAAAUUUGAUUGUAUGUAUACUUUAAUUCUAAUCAAAUAAUGUCACGACUGAUUUUUGUAUAAAUUAUUACAGAGUGUUUUUCAUUAAUUUAUUUUA